GGUUCCUGGGAAAGGCCCGCCCCGAUUUUCGGAAUGCUGAAUAAGUAAUAUGUGAGGGUGGAGGUAGUGUUACUGGGUUAUGCCGGCUGCGGGUGGAGUCUGUCAAUAUUUUGCAUUUUAAAACGUCUCCGACUGACCGCUGGCGGUAAAGUAAGCGGAGCGGGGUUUAAAACGUUUAAUUAGUGCUCGCUGGAAGAUGGCGGAGGCUCUCGGGGUGGCCGACACCCGCCGACUGCACAGCAAGCCGCAGGAUCUGAACGAUGCCUACGGUCCUCCCAGCAAUUUCCUGGAGAUCGACAUCUUCAACCCGCAGACCAUCGGCGUCGGGAGGAGCAAGUACACCACCUACGAGGUCCGAAUGAGGACAAAUCUCCCCAUUUUUAAGAUGAAGGACUCGUGUGUGCGUAGACGAUACAGCGACUUUGAAUGGUUAAAAAGUGAAUUGGAGAGAGACAGUAAGAUUGUUGUGCCACCAUUACCAGGAAAAGCGUUGAAACGACAGCUUCCGUUUAGAAUGGAUGAAGGAAUUUUUGAAGAGUCUUUUAUUGAAGAAAGAAGAGUGGGAUUAGAACAAUUCAUUAACAAAAUUGCAGGUCAUCCGUUGGCCCAAAAUGAACGCUGCCUCCACAUGUUCUUACAAGAGGAAUGCAUCGAUAGGAAUUAUGUACCUGGCAAAGUACGUCAAUAGAUUCUGUGUAAGUGGACUUCUAAUGACUAAUAGGGAAGCAAAUCUGAGUCACCUGCAGCACUUUGGAUGGAAAGGCUGUUGACCUGAAGACAAUUACAGUUGUUAGUCUCAAUGUUUCUGCUGCCCUGCUGUCUUGUUGCUCUUACCUUUUUCUGAUCUAAUUUGCUUUGCUAUCCUGUUUACUGCUUGUACUGAUACUCUUGCAUCAAAUGCUUUUGCAGUAGCAAAUUGUAGCAAUGCCUUUGUAUUCCUGACAUUUAGAAUUGAGGAACAGUUGUAGUUUAUUCAACAGUUAAAAGGGAAAGGCUUGAUAAAUGAUUUCACCUGUUAUUGGAGCAGAUGGGGUGGGGACAAACCUUCAACUAUAUCAUAGCCAAGGCAGUUCAGUGACCUAAUUGAUGCUGAUUUUUGCAAUGGAGCCUCUGUCUUGGGUGUAUUGGUUACAUUUGAUAUUGCCUUGUUCUGGGGAGGUUUUUUCCUUUUGGAUUAGAAUGUGUGACACCUAUUUAAUAAUUCAAUUGAAAAUGGGAUUCUAUCACAUUGCCCAGCUUGGGGUUAUAACCCAUUACCAAGAAUCUUUGGCAUUCAAAGUUUUUGAUAUGUAGGCCCAAAAGGUAAAAUGGAAUUAAUGUUGCCAUUGAUGUUUUGGAGCAAUGGAUGGACCUGCAGGGCAAGUAGGCAGCCCAAGCUGUUUGCAAAUUGGAGAUUGCUGAAAUGCAGUGACCUAUGUAUAACCUGGAGUUUCCCAUUUCAUGAAGGUGAAGGGAAGAGUGAAGAACACAAUGUGCUGAAUCUUUUCACUCAUUGUGGUGAUAUUUGUGCAUAAUAUUUCUGGACCAAAUGGAUUUGGAAUAUCCAAUGUCAUAACUGGAUGUGGAGUAGUAGGUGAAAGAACAAAUGCACUAAUACAUUGGAACUGUUCAGUUUGUACUUCUGAGAAUACUAAAAUUGAUGUAUAACUCUGUAUCUGAUCUAUGAAUGGGUACUCUGUAAUGUACUCUGCACUUGAAGAUUGAUUCUCUCAAUGUUGGGGUGAUGCUUUAGGAGAAUCUUUGCCAAAGAUCAUUGCAAAGUGCAAUCUCUCUCCCUCCAGAAACCAGAAAUGAAUCUGAUAUGUUUUAUUUAGUGAGUAAGCUGGUGUAUGGAGCUGACAGUUGAAUCUUUAUAUUCAGCAUUGUUGCCAAUAACGUCCUCCUGACCCAUUCCACACUUAAAGCAGAGUUUACUGUAAAUUCACUUUGUACUAUUACAUUGGUUUUAUUGAGAUGCCUUUUGUGUGUCACUGGGAAAGGAUUACUCUUACUAUGUUAAGCAGCUUUCUCUUGAUCUAAACAGAUGUGUCCACUUACUGCAUUCAUAAUAAACCACUGUAAAAUCACAAUUUGUACUGGUCUUUUUGUAACAUUGUAUUUUCCCUGAAACAACUAUCCUUUUCAGUGGAGUUGCAACAAUUUUUCAAUGAUUACCAACGUGGGUAGGGGUUAAUUACCCUUACCACCAAAAAUUGUGCAGUUGAUCCUUUAAAGUGCAAAUCUUAUUCUGCUGGUUUAGACUUUAUGCUGCAUAUUAUUGCAGAUAAUUCCAUAUGGUAUGUUUUAAUCUGCUAUAAUUUGGGAUUGUUGUAGAUUUCUGCUAUUGCAUUUGGCCUUUGGAAAAUAAAGGAAGAGUUGAAGUGUAAACUGACUAAUCUUGGGGCUGGUGAAGUAUAGUAAAUAUUUGAAAUGCCUAAACUUUUUUUGUGUAACAUGUUCUACUAUUUAAUGCACUUGGUAUUUUUAUCAGCAUUGUUUUUGAUUUUCUAAUUCACUGCUGGAGUUAAAUGCCCUGACGCACUUUAGAAUGUGUAACUAUCUAUAUCAGUUUUUCCACUACCACCUGCAUAUACAGCAAAACUUAAUGUGGCAUGUUUGGUUCUGGGGUACUAUACUAGCAGAUUUUCUGGAAUGUUGGAUGUUAUUCAAAUUAAUAUGCCAUUCUUAGAUGGUAUAGUAUAACUUUCCAGUAAACCCAAUAAGUUUCAAGGGAGCAUGGAAACCAACAUCCAGUGAGCCAGAUACCAAACCAUCAGGAUUCCUGAACAAUUAAGAUAACAGAUUAAGGUUGUAUUGCAUUGGUUGAUAGAUACAGGGUUGUAUUGUGGUGGGGAACUGCUGCCUUACCUCCAUUAGAUAUGUUUGAACACCAUUUAUAAUGCAGGACUCUAAUGUGGACAUGCAA